AUGAUAUCGCGAUACGCGCGGAAGCCGGUGCAGGCACAAGGACUCCCAAAACAUGCCUUGAGGCAUCACCCACUGCCAGAGCCACGGGCUCAGGUGUGCUCAGCCACACCCAGGGUUGAAAACCUCGGCCAGACCUCCAGGGAGUCAGGAAUCCAUAAGGAAUCAGAUAAUCAUGGGGAUCCACGGUCUGCUAGUCAGGGUUGUGCUGACACCUCCACAGAAGACAGCUCAGUCUUCUCUUGGGGCUAUGACGAAUUUGACAAAGCUGCCACACAACAAGUUCAGCAGAUGUUCAGACAAAUUGAUGAGCUUCUGUAUGAGCAAAAAGGAAACGUUCAUGUUGAGGGACUGCAGGAAGAAUGCCACCAGUGGUCCUCCAGCUUUCCUCAUCUCAGGGUGGUGGGGAAGCAGGUGGUGACCCCCACAGAUGAAGGGUAUGGAUGGUACUCGAGUUCCCCCUCGAGCAGUUUGGCUCCCUCAGAUGUAAGUUCACCACAGGAAAAGGAUUCUGAUGAAUUUAGGGUUUUGGGCAAGAAGGUGCCUCUUUUCGUUGUUCCUGCUCACAAAAAGCCUGACCCUUCCCAGCCUCCGACCUUGUGUUCCUCAGAGGGUGAUGAAGGGGAAGAGGAAGUCAUUCUCUCUGAAGGCAUAGUGGAGGAAUACUUGGCAUUUGACCACAGAGAUGUGGAGGAGGAGUUGCACGAGAGGAAAAUGGGGCUGUCCUCUGGCAGACAGAAAUUGGGGUUUCCUCCUGUCUCUCCCUAUUCCUGCAUGAAGGAUUCUGUGCUCACGUUUGUGUUUGAUGAUGUAUGGAGUGAAGUCCUGGUCUGCUUGGAAGAAUUAAUCUGCAGGCACUGGGAAGGGUCAGCCUCUGAUGAUGAGAAAAAUAUCAUAACAGUAGAAACACUGCAAGCAGAUGCCAGAAGCCCUUUGCAGUUGGAUCCUCUGCCAGCAUUGUUACCUCGGGUGCCACACAUGAAGAUGCCCUCGGUGACAUCAAACCUGUGCCCAAAACCCAGAGGUGGCCGCAAAAGCAAAAAGAGAAGAAAAACACCUCAAGUAAGUCUCUCUCAAGGGUCAAGUAGUGGUUCUCAGCGUAACCUGAAUGGUUUGAUGGUGAUCCAUGGGAUCCAGUUACACCAAAGGAACCUGCCUGUAGUGGAGAGAACACUGGACCUGGAUGACAAACAGCCAGGUUCGAGUUCCCUCCUCUCUACCCGGCCGUGGCCAAAUCGUCCCCUGGAGCUCAGCACCUCGUCCCUGUCCCGCUGCACGAGGAGGGGGAACCCUCCUCCCCGGACCCUGCAUCCCAUCGGGACCCCGCGCUCCGGGGACGACGUCUGCAGGCGCCUCCUGACUGCACAGGAGCAGCUGACCUCACCCUCCCCACUGCUGCUAAACAAAAAUCACCCCCUGCCACCCAUUGCCACCACCACCAUGGCAGAGCAUGGGAGCACCACAGGACCCUACAGGCAAACGAAACCUCGAGGGAACUCGAGCUGUGCUUACAGUGUCAUGACACAAGAAGACACGCACCAGCAGCUCCAGGAGCAGCUGCUCUUACCUGAUCCCUUCUCCAGGCCUAACACAACCAGCACAUCCUUGCCCCAUUCCCAGCGCCGCCAUUCUUGCACUGUUACUGAUUACAGUAAUCAGUCGUGGACAAGGAGAGGAUCCACCAGUUCAGGUCUUCCACUACGUGGCUCUGUGAAAGCCCAUGGCCGAAGUGGAUCAGGCACAAAAAGCAAACAGAGGCACUGACAUGCCAUGGAGAAGCAUACAUCCUUCCAUUCCUCUCCAGAGUCAUGAGCCACCUCUUUCCCAGCAAGGUCAACGUUGUUUACACAGAGUUUUCAAACACCCUUCCUUACAGAUAGUUAUUUUUAUAUAAAUCUAAGCAGC